GCCCCUCCCUCUCCCCAGCCUGAUCCGCCCCGCCGGCUCCCCCUCUCCCGAUCCCUCGGGUCCCGGGAUGGGGGGGGCGGUGAGGCAGGCACAGCCCCCCGCCCCCAUGGCCGUCCGUCGGAGCCAGAGGCUGAGGGGGCGCCGGGGGGAGCCGGGCACCGCCCUGCUGGCCCCACUAGCGCUGGGCCUGGGCCUGGCGCUGGCCUGCCUCGGCCUCCUGCUGGCCGUGGUCAGCCUGGGGAGCCGGGCAUCGCUGUCCACCCAGCAGGAGCCUGCCCAGGGGGAGCUGGUGGCAGAGGAGGACCAGGACCCUCCGGAACUGAAUCCCCAGACAGAGGAAAGCCAGGACCCUGUGCCUUUCCUGAAACAACUAGUUCGGCCUCGCAGAAGUGCACCUAAAGGCCGGAAACCACGGGCUCGCAGAGCAAUUGCAGCCCACUAUGAAGUUCACCCACGACCUGGACAGGACGGAGCGCAGGCGGGUGUGGACGGGACAGUGAGUGGCUGGGAGGAAGCCAGAAUCAACAGCUCCAGCCCUUUGCGCUACGACCGCCAGAUCGGGGAGUUUAUAGUCACCCGGGCUGGGCUCUACUACCUGUACUGUCAGGUGCACUUUGAUGAGGGGAAGGCUGUCUACCUGAAGCUGGACUUGCUGGUGGAUGACGUGCUGGCCCUGCGCUGCCUGGAGGAGUUCUCGGCCACGGUGGCGAGUUCCCUCGAGUCCCAGCUCCGCCUCUGCCAGGUGUCUGGGCUGUUGCCCCUGCGGCCAGGGUCCUCCCUGCGCAUCCGCACCCUCCCCUGGGCCCAUCUCAAGGCUGCCCCCUUCCUCACCUACUUCGGACUCUUCCAGGUUCACUGAGGGGCCCUGGUCUCCCUGCAGUCAUCCCAGGCUGCAGACUCCCCUUGGCAGCUCUCUGGGCACCCCAGUCCCGUCCUCCCCACCCUCAGCUGCUCUUUGCUCCAGACCUGCCCCUCCCUCUAGAGGCUGCCAGAGCCUGUUCACUUGUUUUCCAUCCCACAUAAAUACAGUAUCCCACUCUUACCUUACAACGCCCCCCACCACCCACUCUCCACCUCACUAGCUCCCAAAUCCCUGACCUUUGAGGCCCCCAAUGAUUUCUUGACUCCCCACUGGCCACAGACCCCCCAAGGCGUCGUGUUCACUGUGUUCUGUGGGCAAAGACGGGUCCAGAAGACCCGACUUCAGGCACUAAGAGGGGCUGGACCUGGUGGCAGGAAGCCAAAGAGACUGGGCCUCGGCCAGGAGUUCCCAAAUUCGAGGGGCGAGAGACAAGUUCCUCCCUUGAGAAUUCCCUGUGGAUUUUUAAAACAGAUAUUAUUUUUAUUAUUAUUGUGACAAAAUGUUGAUAAAUGGAUACUUAAGUAGAAU